ACAUUCUCGUUGUUAUCAUCGCAGUAUCAGCAUCAUGUCCAAUACCAACGGUGGUUUUCUCUCUCUGCCCAAGGGUUUCUCUACCAUGGCCAUCCACGAGGAACAAGAACCAGAAAAAUGGGCACACAAAGAAGUCAUCAUGCCCAUAUCGCUAACAGUCUCCUACAAACAAAGUGAACCCGGAAUUGUGAAGAAAUACUCUCACUCAAGACAAGGAAACCCUACCAGAGACGUACUGGAAAGAGUAAUUGCAAAGAUGGAGAACGGCAACUGCGCAACCUGUUACGGAUCUGGUUUAGGCUCCAUCACUACCCUCCUGGCUUUACUAAAACAAGGAGAUCACAUCCUCUGCAUCGAUGACGUCUACGGAGGUACUUACAAACUGUUCACAGAGGUAGGAACAAGAUUCGGUGUGGAGGUAUCUUUCUCCAACUGCAACGUUACCAGUUUUGCGAAAAAUAUCAGAUCCAACACCAGAAUGAUUUUUGUGGAGACACCAACGAACCCAACCCUGCAAAUUGUGGACAUAGAGGAAUUGUCUAAGUUGGCUAAGAAGCAUGGUGCCCUUCUCGUGGUCGAUAACACCUUUUUAACACCGUAUUUUCAACGGCCUCUGGUUCUGGGAGCAGACAUAGUGAUGCACUCCUUGACCAAAUACAUGAAUGGACAUUCAGAUGUUAGUAUGGGUGCUCUGGUCGUUAAGGAUGAACAGAUUGGGAAAAGGCUUAAGUUUUUGCAAGAACAUAUGGGUGUUGUACCAUCUCCAUUUGACUGCUACCAGGUGCUGAGAGGGAUGAAAACUCUUACGCUAAGGAUGGAUCAACACCGAGAGAAUUCUCUGGCUGUUGCUAGAUACCUGGAAAAUCAUCCUAAGAUCGAGAAAGUCCUUCAUCCAGGGUUGCCAAGUCAUCCCCAACAUGAAUUGGCUAAGAAGCAGAUGAGUGGUCACAGUGGUAUGUUAGCGGCUUACAUAAAAGGAGACAUUGUUACCACGAAGAAGUUCUUGAAAUCGUUGAAGUGUUUUACUCUAGCUCCUAGUCUUGGCGAUUCUGAAAGUUUGGUAGCCUUGAAUGCUGUGAUGACACACAGUGGUGUUCCGAAAGAACAGAGAGAAAAAUUGGGAAUAACUGAUAAUUUGGUGAGGUUCUCAGUGGGAAUAGAGGAUACCGAAGACUUGUUAGCUGAUUUAGAGCAGGCCUUGGCUCAAAUCUGACAUUUGAUAACCGACAUAUUUUCAUCAACUUUCAUUAGAAAGAUAUCGAUAAUUUAUUUGUGAAUUCUGAAACUGAAAUAUAAUAUGAGAAUUAGUCUUAA